CAGAGGAGUUUUAGUUUGCUGCACCCCAAGUCACUUAAGGUGCAUUAUGCUGCUGAAUUUGUUUACCGUCACUGUAGCAAUGAGCAAUACGCUGUCCAUGCAUGUAAACGCUGACACCAUUAAAGUGGUGCAAAAACAUUUAGUCUGCUUUAAAGUGUCAUGCACACAUGCCCAUCGUUUCUUCUACAUGCAGAACAAGUGCCUGGCUUUCCCCUGGGAUUGGGGUAGCAUAGAAGCAUGUAUUGUUGCAACAAGCCAGAGGGCAUGCUUUUGAUUACCAUAAUGGAAAAAUUUUAAAUUUUGCCCAGGUCCACACUUGGGAGGGCUUUGUUUUUCUGUUAACUUUUUAACCGUUUUGAAGCAUCAUCAUGAGAUGACUGUAUGCAUUGUCGUUCAGCAUAUUGCUCUGAAAAAUACUCCUCUGGGUGUGGGCUUGAUUUAGAGAUGUGCUGCUUUAUCAAAAUUAGCUUGAGACAUUGUGGAGAAAAAAAUGGAAAUGGUAAUGCCUUAUUGCACAAGGAGCAUGAUUCAUGCCAUGUAUACUGAAAUGUCCUUCUUCUUUUAAUUAUGUUUAUAAAAGACUGAGUUAACUGCACUGAAGAAUGAAGCAUUAUCCAUGGAACAGGGUGUGUUACGGAAAGUGGAAGUAGGAAUUUCCCAAAAAGAUCCUGAUUUCACUCUUCCUCACAAUCCAUACCAAGUAUAAAGUGGCUCAGGCUUGGAACUAGGGGAACUAUGCUUCUUGGGAUGGAGACAACUGAAGAGAUGAGCAGGGCUGUCCUUUUUUUCUGACUCAUCUGCUAGUGCUGUUGCUGGGUAUUUUUUUAGCCUUCUUGCUCUGAUGACUAAUGUAUAGAUGGGUGGGACAAAACAAAGGCCAACAAUUCAUGUUGUGCACUAUCAUAUAAGCAUAACUUCCCGUAUCUCCUCCUCAUACACUGUACACCUGAACCACGGCAUUGUUUCAGCUAGCACCAACAAUGGUGCACUGUAAGUGCUGUGCACUGUCUUUGUGCACAGAUGGAGUUUCCAUAUGUUAAGCUACUCUUAAAAAGCAUCAGCACAUUAGACCGUCUCCUGGAGGGGUGUGGUGCAGGAUGUUCUCAAAAAAGAAAAUAGCGGAUAUAGCUGCACUUCUUGUAUAUAGUACACUAUAUGUAAGCAUACUCCAUCAUAGGUGGCCAUGAUCCUGUGUUACAGCUAAUACAUCUUGUAUGACCCUGCUUAAUUCUGCAAUGCCGUACCAAUGGGAUUUAUUCUUGAAAUAUGAAUGGAUAAUAAAUGACUCAAAGCUAUUUGUAGACCAGAUUCCCUCAAAGGUUUGUCCCUGUGCCAUUGAAGUAUGAGGAAUGUUGCCACUACUUGAGACUAGAGCAACACUUUUUCUACAGGGGCAAGCACUUGACAUUCUCGAGUAGUCUGACAAACUCAAGUGAAACCACUUUAGUUGCAUCUUACACCAAGGAAUAGUACUAAGCUUUGGAUGAGAGACCCCUGCUGUGUUUUGCUUAGCCUUUCAGUUUGCACAUGAAAGGCUGUGCUGCACACAUGCACAUGCUCACACACCUGGGACUACCCUAAAACCAUUACACUGUUUUAAAAGUGUGAAAGUAAUCUCACGCUUGCUUGUACUUCCAGCUGCUCUUCAUGACCUAGAAUGUCUCACUUUCCUGCAUGGUAACUCCUGUAUUCUGUUUUUUUUUUUUUUGUAGAACUCGGGACUGUAUGAGUAUAAAAUCUAUGGCAGCCUUCUUGAUUGCUCCCCUGAGUUGUGUGCAGAUGUCUAUAUGGAUUUGGACUACAGAAAGCAAUGGGAUCAGUAUGUUAAAGAGCUCUAUGAGAAGACAUAUGAUGAUGGUAAGAAAGUAAUCUACUGGGAAGUGAAGUACCCUUUCCCCCUCUCAAACAGAGAUUAUGUGUAUGUUCGUGAACGACGAGAAAUGGAUGUCAGUGGGCGGAAGGUUUGGAUUGUACUGGCCAAAAGUGUAUGUGUUCCUCAGUGCCCAGAAAAGCCUGGCAUUAUCAGAGUGAAGAGUUAUGAACAAACCCUAGUGAUCGAGAGUGAUGGCGAAAGUGGAUCCAAAGAGUGGAGUACCUGCUUUCUUGAAAGAUAUGCAGAAGGCUUGCCUUGCUUAUCACAAGGAAACAUAAGCUUCUACUUUGGGACUGCCUGAAUGGCUUUACUGAUUUGUUUUCCUCAAAUAGGGUACUUGUGUGGAUGGCAAUUGUAACACUGGAUGAAAUCUACCUCCUGGGAUAACUAGUUUUUGAGUGGCAUAGGUGUCAUUGGCAUGCCUUGGACUGCAUCUGGCCUUUUAAUUUCCAGGUCUUUGUGCUAUUUGGCCCUCCUUGCAAAUCACUUCAUUGGCAUAUAUGAGGCUGCUUAUUUCAAAGUGUUUUCUUAUCCUAUUCACUCUAUUCUUCUCUGUCUUCUACACUGGAUCGGAGAGGAACUUCAGUUCAUGAAUAUCAGUCCUCCAGUAGGGUUCCUAUCUUGUUUAGAAGAAUACAUUCAAAUGGCUCCUAAAAUAUUUAUUUUUCUUUUGAGCAAAGAAGGGAGUUCUGAUGCUCUAAUUAACCAUGAGUAUCUUGCCAGGUAACUUCUUGCACAUUCUGGCAAGUACCAUGCACAUGCACUUUGAGCACUUUUUUUUUGAAAGCCUAAUAGUCUCUCUCUUCUGCUUCCCAAGGUUAUCAUGUAUAGCCUGGCUCUGCCAUUCCUGGCCCUGUACAAAUCCUGUCUGUUUGCCAGAAAUAUGAGAUCCUUCCUUUUUUCUGUAUUAAACUUGAAGCCUACUGCCUGCUUUAGGACUUCUACUCUAUUUGUAGAACUUGGUUUACUUGUGACCAUCUUAAAUCUUCACUUAACUGUUUGGUUAAAUGUGCAUUGGCAUCAUUGUUGCCUAAUGCUUGGCAUAUACCACACCCAGCUAGUUGAAAUGAAGCAACUUGAUGAAUUGGUUUUGUGUCGUACUUCUCUGGAAUCUAAUUGGCAUGUUCAAAGUUUACAAUAGGGGUCUUAAAGCUUGGAUUUUCAUUAUAAUUUGAAAUUAUUGCUGAGAUGAUUGCACUCUGUUGGUUAGGGAUCCUUCUAAAUCUCUCAGCAGCUAAAUAUUUUGCUCUCCAAUCAAAUUGGAUGUUCAUGUAAAGAAAGGGAAAGGAUUGAAAUCCUGCAGCUGGUGACCUUAAACUAAUGGGGGAAAACUGUCUAUUUGGGGGGAAGGACAUAACUUAAGGUUACUAUCUCAGGGAUAUACAAUACUUCAUACCAGGAUGGUGCAUCACUGGUCAAUGGAAUGGUGAAUCUUUUCUAAAUUAAAGAUGUAUAAAUAUGUAUGUAUGUAUGUAAAGAAAUGACUACUAUGGUUGUAUAUACCUCAUUGUUUGAAUGUCUUCUCCAGUACUAAAUUAAAAAAAAUCCUGUAACUUACUUUGUAUAGAUAUGCUUGUCAUUGCUAGAAAAAAAAUUAUUCUUAAUCUUGUUGACUACAGAUAACUGUCUCUGCCUUCUCCAGGUUUACUAUGCCAAUGGUUAACUAGAGAACAGUUAGUUGUCUGCAUGACUUGACUAGUUUUACAUGGAUGUAGUUUGACUACUUGCCAAAGGCAUUGAGUAAACCAAGUAUAAAUGCAUUCUGAACUUUUAACUGUGACUUCAUAAGGUUUAAGAAGCUGUCUGAAGUUACCACCAAAUGUUAUGAAAAGGGACGGAUUCAACCAGUGAAACUAAUACUUCUGCUUCUUUGUUUGCUUGUUUCUUUUCUUGCAAAAUAAAUUUAAUU